CCUUAUGAAAGGACUAUGUCCUAGCAGUGGGGCUGAUGAUGAUUGAUUAUACUAGUCUGCUUGGAGCUUUAGAUCCACCUAAUAAAAUUUCGGAACGAUGUUUUUCUAUGAAUGUUAAUUCUAUUUUAUUUCAUUAGAUUCUUUAUUAUAAUAAGCUCUUAUAUCGUUAAUUGUAUCAUGCAUGAUUGAUUGUAAUAAUAGAUUAUGUUGUAUUACGUGCGAGGUGUUAUCGCUAUUUGCUACUGUACAUACAUAUAGUACCUACACCAGAAUGCUAACAACUAUUAAUCGUACGUCAUUAGGCUUAAUAAAUAAUUUGUUUUUUUUUUUUGUUGUUAGUAAUUAUCUUAUUAUACAAGUUGAUUUCCAGAAAAUAGACCUAAAAUGGUAUUAAUAAAAUCACUUUCCUAAUCUCUGCGUCGUUUGUUACAAUUUUACUCUUCACUGUUGGAUAGGAAUUUCUUCAACUUUAUUAUCUGUGUGGUUGAAGAAUGUUCAGAAGUUUUUUAUUCACAACUUACAUUAUUAAAAAUGAUAAAAAACUUAAUAAGUGUGUUUUUAUUGUUUUAGAAGCGGCUGGCGCGGCGUUAGCGGGCGGGCCGCGCCAUGGGUAACAAGUGCUGUAGCCGCCGUCAUGAUCCCGACAGACCUUUGGUGUAUCCAGCUUACAAAAAUGAGGCCGGCUUCACAGCGUGCCCCUCGCUAGAGACACGUUACACUGGCGAACCCAAUAACAGGGGACAUCGUGCUCUAGCUGACAUCGUGCGUACGCGCAACCCAGGAAAAUGUAUGACAAACGGCGGACGGCGUAUAGUGAAAGCACUAUGCGCGUACACAGCCCGAGCAGACUCAGACAUAUCGUUCCGCAAGGGCGAUCGUAUGGAAGUGCUCAGCGAUACGGAACCGGAUUGGUGGCGGGUCUUACAUCUGACUACGCGGAGAGAAGGACUCGUGCCUGUCAAUUUCGUAGCUGAAGAAAGUUCAGUGGAGUGCGAAGAGCAGCCGCCCUGUUGCAGUUGGUUCUUCCCGCACGUCUCCCGGAAGGAGGCGGACAAGUUGCUGCUAGCUGACUCUAAUCCCCGGGGUACCUUCUUAGUGAGGCCAGCGGAACAUAACCCUCAUGGAUUCAGUUUGAGUGUCAAAGAUUGGGAGGAGGGUAGGGGAUACCAUGUCAAACAUUACAAGAUCAAGCCGUUGGACAACGGAGGAUUUUACAUUGCUACAAACCAGACCUUUCCGAGUCUACCGGCUUUGGUUAUGUCUUAUACGAAGAACGCCCUGGGUCUGUGUCACGUGUUGGCCCGGCCGUGUCCGAAGCCGGAGCCGCAAAUGUGGGACCUCGGGCCGGAGCUGCGCGACAAGUGGGAGAUCCCGCGCACCGAGAUACAGCUCCUCAGGAAACUGGGACAGGGCAACUUCGGGGAGGUCUACUACGGCAAGUGGCGGAACACCAUCGAGGUCGCUGUCAAAACGUUAAGAGAAGGAACUAUGUCGACACAAGCAUUUCUACAAGAGGCUGCUAUAAUGAAAAAAUUCAGACACAAGCGGCUCGUAGCAUUAUAUGCGGUAUGCUCCACGCAAGAGCCCGUGUACAUCGUCCAAGAGUACAUGAGCAAAGGAUCCCUUCUAGAAUUCCUAAGGAACGGCGAAGGAAAGUUCUUGCAAUUCGAAGAUCUAGUCUACGUCGCGGCGCAAGUCGCAUCCGGAAUGGAAUACCUCGAAUCUAAAUUGUUAAUACACAGAGACUUAGCCGCUAGAAACGUAUUAAUAGGUGAAAAUAACGUAGCGAAAAUUUGUGACUUUGGCCUCGCGAGGGUCAUAGAGGACAACGAAUACUGUCCCAAGCAAGGGUCGCGGUUCCCCGUUAAAUGGACCGCUCCAGAAGCCAUCAUAUAUGGCAGAUUCUCCAUCAAGAGUGACGUCUGGUCAUACGGUAUAUUGUUAAUGGAACUGUUCACAUAUGGCCAAAUACCUUAUCCGGGGCUACACGGUAAAGACGUCAUAGAACAAGUAGAAAGAGGGUACAGAAUGCCUAAACCAGUCGGUCACUACUUACCCGAUGACAUCUAUCGACUCAUGCUCCAAUGCUGGGAUGCUAUGCCGGAGAAAAGGCCCACCUUUGAAUUCCUGAAUCACUAUUUCGAAUCCUUCACAGUGACCAGUGAGAUACCAUACAGAGAAGUGCAAGACUAGUGCUGUGAUAUAGUGAAUUAGUUGUGUGACUAUCGAGUGUCCAGCCGAUGCCUGAGAACAUGUGACUACAAAUGACAAAGAAAAUGAUUUAUGCAUUGCAAUGAAGCUUGUGUAAUUAAUUUUGUUGUGUGAAUCAUUUUCUUAGUUAAAACCAUGGAGCUUAUUAAACUGCCAUGCCGAUUAUUUGUGCAUAUUAUAACAUAAAAAGAAAAGACUUUUUUAGAAUUUUUAUACUCUGAUCACAUUUAAAAUUACAAUACAGGAAUGCGCGAGCUUGACGAUUUGUUGAUCAGCUUUUCAUUUCUGAUUUUGUGAUAUGAAUUUCAUGUUAGCAUUAGCACGGGAGAUGAAUAAAACGUUGGUUACAAAAUUAGUAUGGGAGAUUCACUGAAACAUUAUUGAUAAGUGUUAACAAUUGCUAGCUAUCGUCCUUAUUUAUUACUUUACUUAUUAGCGACUUUAGCAUUUAAGUAGUAAAGUAGGUUAUUUUGCAUUUUGUACAAAGCAAGUCAUUCACUAAAACUAAGCAAUAAAAAAAAAUUAAUAAUACAAACACGAUAUUUUCAUAUUCUAAAGUGAGAUGUGAUAUUUUUUCAUCAUAAAGGACACUGGUUUAAAAUCGAAAUCUGGAACUCUAUGCUCUUUUAAUUUUGCCUACGUUCAAUAGAUAUAUUCGCGCAUCACUAUUUUUAUCCUUCCUAACUGUACAAAUUGUAUGUACUGCCAAUAUUUUGUAAUUUAUAUAUAUACGCCACAAGGCUCCUUUGCAAAUUGUUUCGAUAUAAAAUGACUCGUCAAUCUACACAUGUUGUCUCUCCAUCAUAGAACCCGGUUUAAGUAAUUUUUCUUUUUAAUCUCUUAGUCAUUAUUGGUCACUUGCAAAGGGGUCGGAUACCCUAUGUAAAAAGACAAAUAAAAUUAGCUUUAGGACUAUAUACCAAAGAGUUAUUUGUACAUUAAGAGCAAAUGAUAGACAUAGAUGGAGCAUAUUUCUUAGCAUAGUUAAUUAUUGUGACCUGUAUAAUUUUAAUUUGACCAAUAUCCCCACAAUUUUAUAGGCAUUAUGCUAAAUUGUAUUAUAAAGAAACGAUUUAAAUUACUAAAUUAUGAUUACGAUACUAAAUUACGAUUUGGAUCUAAUAUAGACUGAUUUUGACUUUGCUGUUAAUUAUAUUUGUCUGAUAGAUAAAUCAAUCCCUAAUCUGUUAUUAAUGCUGCUUUUAAGUAUUAAAACGCUUUAAACAGUUUUCUAUUAUUAUUUUCUUUGAACUAGAUGUAUAAAGCCAAUGAAAAUAGUGUCUUAAUAACAUUCCAAAUAUUCAAACGCGUUAAAUUUGGACACUUUUGUAUGAAACAUUUAGAUUUGUAAGAUUUUGUACAUACAAUGAAAAAUAAAUGUCAUUGAUAAAAUAAUGUAUUUCAUUAUAAUUCAUCCCUUUUACAUUUACAUUCAUUUGAUUAUGAAUUCUAUUUCAUCCUUUUAAAAUAUAAUAUACUAAUUUAUAUAAACAAAUAAUAACAAUAAAUUUGAGACUUUUUUCUAAUCUAUAUAAAGGUUAUCAAAUCAAGGAUUGCUAGUUUAUAAAUAAAAUGAAAAUAGAGAACCAAAAAUUUGUAAAGAGUAUUGAGCCUAUGUACAGUUAAUAGAUUACAA